CCGCGUGCUUGGUUGAAGUUGGUCGCGUGUGUGCCGCUGCGAGGGUGUGGAAUAGUUAACCGGAUUAUCAGUGUUCAGUGCCAUAGACAGCACCAUGGACAAGGAGAGGUUCGAUGGAAUGCUCCUGGCUAUGGCUCAGCAGCAUGAAGGUGGAAUACCGGAGCUGCUGGACACCGUGUUCAGCUUUCUGGCGCGGAAAACCGAUUUUUACACAGGAGCAACUGAAGAAGCAGCAAAGCAGUUGGUGCUGGACAAGUUCUUGGAGCACGGACAGCAGGCUCGCGAAGCCAAGGACCAGAAGAGGCGACAGAACGAGGAGGCCGACCGCAAGAAGCGCGAGCGCCUGGAGCGCGAGAGGCAGCAGGAGCAGGCGCAGCAGCAGGAGCCGCAGAUCCGUGAGGUCUCGGACGAGGAAGCCGCCCGCAUCCAGCGCGAACUGGACGAGAAGGCGAAGGGGGCGGCGGCCACGGCCCCAGCGAAGGCGGAGGACGAGGACAAGAAGGCCGAGUCUGGGGACGAAAGUGACGAGGAGUCGAAGGGCAAGCUGAAGCCUAACGCAGGCAAUGGCUGUGACCUGGACAAGUACCAGUGGACCCAGACGCUGCAGGAGCUCGAGAUACGCGUGCCGCUGCCGUUCGCCUGCAAGUCGCGCGACCUGGUGGUGGACAUGCAGCGCCGGCGGCUCACGGUCGGGCUCAAGGGCCACCCGGCCGUCAUCGACGGCGAGCUCUCGCACGAGAUCAAGGUGGAGGAGUCCACCUGGGUGCUCGAGGACAAGCGCGCGCUGCUCAUCCACAUCGAGAAGGUGAACCAGAUGGAGUGGUGGUCUCGGCUGGUGACCACCGAUCCGGAGAUCAAUACGCGCAAGGUGCAGCCCGAGUCGUCCAAGCUCUCCGACCUGGACGGCGAGACGCGCGGCAUGGUCGAGAAGAUGAUGUACGACCAGCGCCAGAAGGAGAUGGGUCUGCCCACCAGCGACGACCAGAAGAAGCAAGACGUCAUGAAAAAGUUUAUGCAGCAGCAUCCUGAGAUGGACUUCUCGAACUGCAAGUUCAACUGAUCUAGGUUGGAACAUUGCCGGACUCUGCGGGUGUGGAAACGCAAGCACGCUCCACAUUGUGAUUUGCACAGUUCGGUUUCCAGGAACAUUGCACCGCGUGAUUUUGUAUUUUGUCAUUGUUCAUCGGAAUAUAUUGCUCCACGUGUUA